AUGCCGGAUAGUGCCGAUGAGGAGGGUGAAGAUUUGAACGAGAAAAAAAUUGUGAAGUGCAAGACUAACUUUAGGAUCUUUGCGCCUGAUAAAGCCAAAACAAAAUCGCAAGGCGGCAUCAAAUCAAGGGUUUGGUUAACGGUGGCCAACCCGAAACCAAUGGUAAUUUCAAUAACUGUGGCGCCACCGGCCGAGGCAACUCAAUUUUCGGACUUUCAAGAUAUAGUGAUGACCGCCUGUGAAGAAGCGGUUAAAAACUCUCGUGGGAUGAUCAGCAACUCUCUGGCCUGUGAUACCCCUUUGAUUCAAUGGACGGCGUUUAUCCCUCGAGUCGACGGGUUCAAAAAGGACGACGGCUUUGUCCUAGUCGAUGAAGACGCUUAUUCCGAGUGGAUCAAGACGCUUGCAGCGGUGGGAAAUGGGGUUGCAUCGUUGUCACUUGAGAUGGAUGACCCCAGGGCAGAGGUCAGGCGUGCUCAUCAGUCCUCGGUCCUAGCGCGAGCGGCGAUACGCAAGGAUGCCAAGGAAGCUGUCGAGGCUGCAAAUAAACUCAAGGCGACAAAUGUCAAGCCAACAACCAAUCUCACUAUGUUUGACGAGGGGAGCGAUGACGCUGUGGAGGAGGAAAUCGAUGCUGACGAUGUCAAGUUGUUGAUCAGGAAGCUUUACAAACAUCACCCACACGACCCUUCUUACGACCCCCUUAUUCCAGUCUACAUUGACCCCGCCAAUCGCGAACGAUUCGUAAUCCUGACCUAUCAUGCGUGCAAAGAGUGGGCCCGUGCCAUCCUUAAACCAACUGCGGGGGUUACUAUUGAGUCUCCCCCUAGCUCGCUCAAGUUUGAAACCAGAGCGAGUUCUUCUAAACGCAAACGCGGUUCUAAAUCAGGCGUGGCUCAACAAGGGAAAGGCGGUCACCCGCAUCAUGGCCAUCACGGUUCGCAGUGUUGCUCUCAUCACCAAGGCUAUCCUUCUUCGGUCACUUCUGAAGGCACCCCGGCUCCCGAUGAUACCGAUAUGCGUCAAUACGUCGAAUUCAUUGGAUUCCGAAACCAGGAAAAUGUCAUCAAACUGCUGGUCAACAAUGACAUGACCUCUUAUAAGAUUUUCAAGUCGCGCAAUCUUGAUCGAUCAUUGCUCCUUGGCCUUGGUUUGACCGUUGGAGUGGUAACUCAGCUUUUUGAUAAUGUGUCCAGAUUCGAGCGCAAGUUGGCUAAAAAUAAGAAGUAA